GGGAACUGGAGGCCGUUUCCACAUUCUUUGAAAUGGUUGAAAUGGGGGAGUGCCCGAAUCAGUUCUGCUUCUCUGCAGCUAUUAAAGCUUGUGCUAAUCUAAGUGAUUGAUUUAUUUUCUAAAGGGCAUGGCGACCUAGAGGCCUCCCAAAAGGUGUUUGACGAAAUGCUUGUUAAGAACUCGGUUUCCUGGACUCUCAUGAUCACUAGACUAUCUCAGUUUGGCAAUCCACGAGAUGCUAUUGUCCUGUUUGAAGAAAUGCUUUCGGCUGGUUUCAUUCCAGAUAGUUUCACUCUUAGUAGCAUAUUAUCAUCUUGUGCUGAACUCGGGUGCCUAUCAUUAGGUUUGCAAAUGGAUGUUUGUGUUGGUUGCAGUAUGGUCAACAUGUACUUCAAAUGCUCUACGGAUGGAUCCAUGGACUAUUCAAGGAGGGUUUUCGAUCGAAUGCUUGAUCAUAAUGUUAUGUCGUGGACUGCUGCAAUUACAGGAUAUGUACAAACAGGAGGCGAUAGGGAAGCUAUUGACUUGUAUUGCAGGAUGAUAGAAACCCGAGUGAAACCUAACUAUUUUACAUUUUCUAGUCUUUUGAAGGCAUGCAGAAAUCUUAGGCGUCCUGAUAUUGGCGAGCAGAUUCAUACCCAUGCAGUAAAACUAGGUCUUGCGGCUGUGAACUGUGUGGCGAACUCUCUGAUUAGUAUGUAUGCCAAAUCCAGUAGGAUGGAAGAUUCCAGGAAAGCUUUUGAAUUACUCUUUGAAAAGGAUUACAUUUCAUACAACAUAAUCGUUAAUGGCUACGCCAAGAACAUGGAUUCCUCCAGAGCAAUUGAACUUUUCAACCAAACCGAAGAGUCUGGAGUUGGAGUUGAUGCUUUCACCUUUGCAAGUAUCUUGAGUGCUGCUGCAAGCAUAGGAGCAGGUUCCAAGGGGGAAGAAAUACACGCGCGGCUGCUAAAAUUAGGGUUCCACUCCAAUCAUUCUGUCUGCAAUGCUUUGAUCUCAAUGUAUUCCAAAUGUGGUAACAUAGAGGCUGCUCUUCAAGUCAUCAACAAAAUGGAAGCCAGAAACACAUUUUCCUGGACUUCAAUGAUAACAGGUUUUGCAAAACAUGGAUUUGCCAAGAGAGCUUUAGAUUUGUUUGGGCAGAUGCUCGGUUCAGGUGUGAAACCAAAUGAAGUCACCUACAUAGUGGUUUUAUCAGCUUGCAGCCAUGUCGGGUUGAAGAUGCCAGAUGGAAGCACUUCAUGAAAGGAUAACGAUGAACAGGUUGCCAUCAGGGCACAACUCCAACACUUCAACUCAAUGUCCAAAGAGCAUGGGAUCAGUCCAAGGAUUGAGCAUUACGCAUGCAUGGUUGAUCUUUUUGGAAGAUCAGAAAAGCUUGAAAAGGCAGUUGAGUUCAUCAAAUCAAUGCCUUUCGUCCCCGGUGCCAUUGUCUGGCGCACAUUGCUUGGAGCUUGCCAGGUUCAUGGAAACAUAAAGCUUGGAGAACACG